AGCUGUGCUGCGCCUUUGUGACUAAUUACUCCAAAGGUCGAAUCUGGCCUAUCACUAGGUUUUUCCUCUUCUUACCGUUCUCCUAAAACUACCAUUUUCACUAAUAAUCGACAAGAUCGGCCCCAUGGUACAGCAGGCAGGACAAUCUGCAGGGUCACAGAAUCUCCGUGUGAUACCCCUACCGUUCACACAAACACAACGUGAUGAGCUUGAUCAAACUAUACACAAUGCGCUGGCAAAUUCUUCUAUCGUGGAGUCAAUUCGAGACUCGGACGAGAACUUGAGUUAUUCAAAUUAUUCCAUGGUCCUCGCUAUGGCUUUUUAUUCGACCUGCGCCGCACUCCGCAAGUUAGGCCUGGAUAAUGUGCUUGACAUGAAGAAUUUUGUCGAGAUAAUGCUACAACUUGAAUCUCAUCAACAACUACAACUACAGAAAAUGAUCAAGGAGGCCUGCAUGACAGGUAUUUUUUCCCGCAUUUGUGACGCAGGUAAGUGUUUGAGCCAGCUAUAUAGAUGUACCUCCGCUGACGGUUACUGGCGACCCAGAGAUAUUGCAUUUACGGAAUGCCGACUCCCCCAUGUUGACCGACUCGGAGUCGGCUGGAGGUCAGCAGAGGCAUUUAUCCACAUGUUUAUCUAAUGUCAAUGGUAUUCUAGACGAGAGAAAUGUCGACGAAU